CAGUAAAUCAUUCUCCGGGUCUGAAGAAUAUAAAUAUAUAAAUAAACCCUUUACUUUAUAACUUACUUUAUAACUAUAAAAAAGAAAAAACUUUAUAAAGAUGCCUAUUAACCAACCUAGCAAUCAAAUAAAACUUACAAACGUAUCUAUAGUUCGUUUAAGAAAAGGAGGCAAGCGUUUUGAAAUUGCUUGUUAUAAAAAUAAAGUACUAGAAUAUAGGAACGGAGUGGAAACAGAUUUAGAUAAUGUUAUUCAGAUCAAUAACGUAUUUACGAAUGUGUCUAAAGGAGAAGUAGCUCCAAAGGAUAAUCUACAGAAAUGUUUCAAAACGGACGAUUUGGAUCAAAUUAUUAAGGAGAUUUUAAAGAAAGGAGAAUUACAAGUUAGCGAGAAAGAAAGAACACAUCAAAUUGAUAAUAUUUAUCGUGAAAUUGCUACUAUGGUUGCAGAAAAAUGUGUUAAUCCUGAAACCAAGAGACCAUACACUGUUACGAUGAUUGAAAAAGCAAUGACCGAAUUGCAUCUUUCGGUAAAUGUAAAUCGUAAUACGAAAUCACAAGUGUUAGAAGUUAUUAAGCAGCUUCAAGAAAAGAAAAUUAUUCCUAUUGCUCGUGCACAAAUGCGCUUAAGAAUUACUGCUCCAAUUAAAGAAAAGAAAGUUAAAGAAAAAUUGGUUCCUAUGAUUUCUAAUAUUGAAGAUGAAAGUUAUAAUGACGAAUAUGAAUUGAUAUGCACGAUUGAUCCUGGACAGUUUAGAAAAAUCAAUGAUAUAUUACAAUCAAAUACGAAUGGAAAAGGUCAAUUAGAAUUGUUAUCUUUAAAUGACACUAGCGAAGGAGAUAUUAAAUUUUAAUAAAAUUAAAUACAUAAUAAAAAAAUCAAU